CUGCUUCCCUCUCUCUCUGCCUACUUGUGAUCUCUCUCUCCCUGUCAAAUAAAUAAAUAAAAUCUUAAAAAAUAUAUAUAUAGUACCUAUAAUUUACCAAGACAGAGCUGGAGGACUUGUGCAGCCUGGUUUCAAGAUCUACUAUAAUGCUAUAGUAAUUGAGACAGUGCGCUAUUGGUGAAAGGCUAGACAUAGAGAUAAAUCAGAAGGUAAAUGGAUAAAUAAAUUACAGGUAUGUUCCUGCAGUGGGAUGAUACAAUAUUCAAAAUAACAGGCAAAUCUCAGAAACAUUGCUAAGUGAGAGAAGCCAGACACAAAAGUCUACAUAUUAUAGGGAUCAGUGGUUUUCUGAGGUAGAGGAGAAUUGCCUCUAAAGACACAUAUGAGAAUUUCUGGGGGUGAUGAAAAUUUUCCAUAUGUUGUCCAUUAUAUCUCAAUUAAAAUUUUUUUUCUCAAUCUUAAUUGGAUAAUAGUUUCAAAGAUAUAAUUCAUCAAAGCUCAUCUAACUAUACACUUAAAUUUUAGUGUAUGUCCUACCUUAAGUUAAUUUUUAAGGUUAAAAAAAAUCUGCCCUUAGACACAGGAACAUGAUAAAAUUACAGAACACAGAAGACAAAGGGAAGAGCUGAAAAGUAGCUGGAGAAAAGAGAGAUUGCCUACAAAGGAACAGCAGAGGCCGAACUUCUCAGUGGUAACUUUAAAGCGAGAAGACAGACUGCUAUCUUCAGACUGUUGAGAACUGUCCUUUGUUGGAGUUGAGUCCGUGAAUCAGAAAGGUGAGCAGAGGUCUGGCCGGUAGCUGGUAGGACACGGCUCAAGUGAACGCCAGAGUAUCAGCCCCAUGGCCGGGUAGGUGUUGGAUGUGCAUGCUCCCGUUGCCUCUUUAUAAUCGCUCUGUGAAGAUCAUGGAUGUCUGCGUACCAGUGAAGAAACUGAAGACCAGAUGCCCACACUCGGCCGCUCACUGGAGAGAGGUCCCGUCUGAUGGUUCGAUGUAACCACCCUGUCCGACGUGGGGGGCGCGUGGCUUUGCUCCAGCCUCCGGCGCAGGCACAGUCUCUGGAAGAACCUGGAAAUGUUGAUGAAGAGGAAAAUGCGGGGCCCAGGCAGGCUGAGCGUGAGAGUGUGCAGGAAAAACCCCAGUCCUCAGAGAACCGCUGGCUGAAGUAUCUGGAAAAAGACUCGAAAGGGCUGGGGAUGGAAGGAGGCGUGUGUUUCGAGAGCCCACCCUCGUCCAGGACAGAGAAGCCAGAGCCUUCCUUCAACACAGGCCUGCCUAAAAAAAGGAAAUGGAGCCAGAGCACAGGCCAGCCUCCACCCAGCCCUGAUGUCCAGAACCUAGGUGAUUCUGAGGUUACCUUGGAGCCCCAGAAGGACGAAGCUGGCCUGGCGGGGAAGGUCAAAGAAGGCGGGGGCCACAAGGACAGGGAAACUGUUCCUCGGGUGGGUUCUCCACGUCUGGCCCCACAGGUCAGAGCUACAUCUUCCAAGUGGGAACGAUUCCUUCUGCCACCUGGAAAUGGCCCACGUGCAGACAUGGAGCCCUCACUGGCCCUACAGAGAGACCCCAAGCAUGCUGAGGCAGCACUGGCUGAGCAGGGGACCCUAUGGGUCCAGACCCCAAGGGAAGGGCACUCCAGCAGGCCACUCGGUGCACCCAAACUUCCCUGGCCUGCACACACUUUCACAUCGGGGUCUCAGAGGCCCUGUGUAAAGCCUUCCGGACAACCACGGGACACUGGUCCUCUGGCAAAGGGCAGUCCCUUCGUCACAGGAGUACAGGAGUCCCCACUUGUGCGACUAUGUGACCUUUUUAAAACUGGUGAGGACUUUGAGGAUGAUCUGUGAAGUGACUUAAACAAGGUUACCCACCCGGACACAUGUUACAUGAGCCCUUAUCCCCUGGACCUCUUGGCCACUGCCAAAAAAAAAAAAAAUUAGCUUUUAAAUAGGAUGGGAGGGGGGCAGUACCUGAGAGGCUCAGUUGGUAAAGCCUGUGCCUUCAGGUCAUGAUCUCAGGGUCCUGGGAUCGAGUCCUGCAUCUGGCUCCCUGCCUGGGGGUUGCGGGGGACAGGGAAGGGAGAGUCUGCUUCUCCUUCUGCCCCUCCCCUUGCUCAUGCUUCCAUCCCUCCCUCCCUCCCUCCCUCCCUCUCUCCCUCACUUUCGCUCUCAAAUAAAAUCUUAAAAAAAAAAAAAAAAAAAAAGGACCAGGGAUGAUUUAUACAAACUGUCAACAAGAACAAACUAUCAAGUCGUCUCUGGUUGCAACAUCUUGGAUUAAAGUGCUUAUACCAUUUAAUUACCAUUUAAUUACAGAUUGUUUGCAACACAGCAACAGAAUGGUUACAAACGGGUUUUCUUACUGUGAAAGCAACAGCCAUAUUCAAAAGUGAGAGAAUUAGAGUGGUUAUGGAACAGGCGGUAUUCUGUGAGCACCAGCCUCCCUCUCUGAACCCCUCCUCAGUCACAGAUUCAAGAAGCCCAGGCUUGGACUGCCUUGUCUGCCCUGUCCUCCCCAUCCUCACUCUUGCCCCACCUGACAGAAUGUCUGCUGUCCUCACUCUGAACUUGGAGCCGAUCAGGUUUCUGGUGAAAAUCAACUAUAGGUCAGCUUACUAUUAUAGUCAUUAAAAAAAGAAAAAGCAGAGACCAUUAGGCAAGACAUUCUGGACUGCUGGUGUGAUCCUGGUGGGGGGAGAGCAGCAGAAG